GAUGUGAGCUGCCAGAGAGCGCUAUCUCAGCGCCUCUGGCGGCCGGUGGCGGAACUACUGACUGGCCGGGUCGGCUCCGCUCGGCCGACGGAGGAGGCAGCAACAGACCGCCCAGCCGUCGGAGCCGUCGGGUCUCUCGUCCCCACAGCUAUCGGCCAUGGACCCCGCCUUCAAGGGCGUCGGACAGGAGCCCCGGACAUGGAUCUGGCGAAUCGAGAAAUUUGAGGUGAAGCCUAUCGACCCCUCUCAGUACGGAAAGUUUUACACUGGAGACUGCUACAUUGUUCUGAAGACCAAGCUAGACGGAGACCUCCUGGUUCACGACAUUCACUUCUGGCUCGGCUCUGAAUCUUCUCAGGACGAAUGGGGUACCGCGGCCAUCAAGGCGGUGGAGCUGGACGACUCACUGGGAGGACAGCCCGUCCAGCACCGGGAGGUGCAGGGCCACGAGUCCAAGCUCUUCCUCUCCUACUACAAGAAAGGAAUUCAGUACCUGAAGGGCGGCGUAGCCAGCGGAUUCCGCCACGUCAGCGAUGACGACUACGAGCCGGCCCUGUUCCAGGUCAAAGGCCGCCGGAACGUGCGGGUCACCCAGGUGGAAAUGAAGGUCUCGUCGAUGAACCGCGGCGACUGUUUCAUCCUGGACACACACGACACCAUCUACGUGUGGGCGGGACCCAAAAGCCGGCGCACCGAGAGACUCAAGGCGACCCAGGCGGCCGCGCAGAUCCGCGACAGCGACCACGGCGGGAAGGCCACCAUCCACAUACUCGACGAGUACGCCGACGGCGGUCUGUACGCGGCCUUCUUCAAACAGCUGGGAGGCGGCAGUAACGAGGACGUCCCGCCAGAGUCGACCUCAGACGACGACGUCGACCACGAGAGGCAGCAGAAGCGAUCGGUGACCUUGUACAAGGUCAGUGACGAGAAGAACGGCACCGUUCACAUCGAGGAGAUCGCCAAGAAGCCUCUGAUGCAGGAAAUGCUGAAAACCGAGGACUGUUUCAUUCUGGACACGGGCGCGGCCGGGUUCUUCGUGUGGAUCGGACGCGGCAGCACCAAGGCAGAGAAGGCAGCCGCUAUGGAUCGCGCCAACAAGUUCAUGGCGCAGAAGGGACUGCCCGCCUGGACCAGGGUGGAGCGUGUAGUGGAGGACGCGGAGCCGGCCGUAUUCAAACAGUACUUUAGCCGCUGGGUGGACGACGAUGCUCAGGUCGGACUGGGCCGCAUCUACUCCCGGGAACAGAUCGCAGAGAGCGUGCCGGUCUCUGUGCACCUCGAGUCUCGUCCGCCCAAACAGCGGCGUCACCUGGUGCAAAAGUCGUUCGGCUGCGCUCUCGGGUUCAUGCCGGACGACGGUUCGGGCCAGGUGGAGAUCUUUAGGAUUGAGAACUUUGAGCCUGUGCUGGUGCCGAAGGAGACAUACGGCAUGUUCUUCGGCGGCGACUCGUACCUGCUGAAAUACACCUACCAGAAAUUCAACAGGGAUCACUAUGUUAUCUACUUCUGGCAGGGCAACCAAAGCAGCCAGGACGAGCGGGCGGCCGCGGCGCUGCACGCCGUGAAAAUGGACGACGGUCUGUGCGGCCGCGCCGUGCAGGUCCGCGUGGUCCAGGGAAGGGAGCCGCGGCACUUCCUCACGCUGUUCAAGGGUAAAAUGAUCGUGUUUAUGGGCGGCCACGCCAGCGGCUUCAAGAACAUCCACGACCACGACACGUACGACGUGGACGGCACGCGGCUCUUCCACGUGUGCGGCACGAGCGAGGUGGACACACGUGCCGUCCAGGUGCCCGAGGAGACCAAGAGCCUCAACGACGACGACGUGUUUGUGCUGGAGACGCCCAAACAGACCUUCAUCUGGUACGGCAAGGAAUGUUGUGACGAGGAGAGGGCGAUGGCAGACAACGUGGCCUCUCUGGUAUCUCCCGGACGGUCUCCGGUCAAAAUCAACCAGGGUGGCGAGCCGGCGGAGUUCUGGUCCGCGCUGGCCGGUGACCCCAGUGAGGUGCAGCAGGUCACCGAGCCCACAGCGCCACCCCUCGAGAAGAAACUCAUCCACUGCUUCGAGAACGUGGCCGGCGAGUUCAUCGUGGAGGAGGUGGAGGGCUUCGAGCAGGACGAUUUGAAUGAGGACGAUGUGAUGAUUGUCGAUACUGGCGACGAGGUCUACUGCUGGAUCGGGAAAGAUGCCAGCAGACAGGAGAAGGAAAAGACCUUCCAGUAUGCCACGAAAUACGUCAAGUCGGACAUGACGAUCCGCGAGGACACCACGGUGAUUCGCGUCCCGGAGGCCCGCGAGCCGCCCUCCUUCAAGGCGCUCUUCCCCAGCUGGGACGAUAACAUGUUCGAGAAGAGGUCCGCUCCCCCGGGACUGUAAACGGCAGGAAGACAAGACGGACUGAGCUGCAACUACAGGAGACGCGGCCGAGCGUGCCUGCAGCGCCGUAACUCCCCCAAAUAACAACCAAAUCCGACCCCAGGCCGCGCUGAUUGGUGGGAACUUCUCUUUCUGUGUGUGCCAUAGAGUUUAUAACAUCACUAUAGUGUUUGCUAUUGACGAGGUAACUUCUUAUUCACGAAGCCAUUUCUUGUUACGCUUUAAAAACAUGUUGAUUGACUUUUUAAGCCUCCAAACACGGCUCUUUUGUCAAUACUGGAUCACAACUAAAUAUUGCACUUAUGUCUUAUACUUAUUUAACUAUUUGACCUCUAUCAACAGGAUAGGGGUGACUAGAUCAUUUUAAUCAAUUUCAACAGCUUGUUAGAAAACGAGUUAAAAUGAGUCUAUGCGAUGUUCUCAAUUGCAAAGUGUAUUUCGGAGCUGUGAAAUGUGAGUGUAAAUUUACAUUUGAUAUCAGUGCAAUUGUGAAAUGUGUUAAUUUCUGUAAUACACGCCAACUUUUUACCAAAA